AAUAGGCAAUGCUUGAUAAUGUUCAGGUCCCCUGUCUUGGCCACCUAGGCCAAAGUCAAGUUCUAGAGCAGUGUUGCUGACACCUUGAGAUAUGCAGAAGCUGCUGUUGCUAAACUGAGCAGUGGGCAUGGUUGGACUUCCUUUACCGUAGUACACUUCCACCUAACACUAUGUUGGCUGAGCUGCGUGAUCUACCUUGCAUUUUAUCUUUACUUUCCUCACGAAAAAGAACUGUCUAUAUUUCAUUCCAUGGCAGGAAAGCUGAACUUUCCCCCCAUUUCUAUGAAGAGGGUUUAACCCAAUUAAUUUUGACUCCGAGGCACUGAGAAACGUUGUGGCAACAUUAACGUGCCGUUUGCACUCACUGAAGGCGGCCUGGGUGUGUUGUUUCCCCUAGAGUGGGCUCCACCCCUGCUCUAACCGCACUGUGUGGAUAUCUCACUGUUUAAAACAAAGUUCAUUUUUAGGGCAGCACUGCAUCAGAAUUGCCACACAAAAACCAGCUUAAGAUAUGUGCGGCAGCUUCCAUCCUUUUUAAUAAAUAAUCUUGUGGAUCCUAAGUUUUCUCCAGGCUUGAAAUAACACUUCGGUCUAUAGUAUUUGAUAGCAAGGAGAAUUGGCAGACUUGAAGCAUGAGUUCAGAUGCUAGCCAAGGCGUGGUCACUACUCCUCCUCCUCCCAGCGUGCCUCACAAAGAGAGGUAUUUUGACCGCAUCAAUGAAAAUGACCCAGAAUACAUAAGGGAGAGGAACAUGUCUCCUGAUCUACGGCAAGACUUCAAUAUGAUGGAGCAGAGGAAACGAGUUACUCAGAUCUUGCAAAGUCCGGCCUUUCGGGAAGACCUGGAAUGCCUUAUUCAAGAACAGAUGAAGAAAGGCCACAAUCCAACUGGAUUACUAGCAUUACAACAGAUUGCAGAUUACAUCAUGGCCAAUUCUUUCUCGGGCUUUACUUCACCUCCCCUCAGUCUCGGCAUGGUCACACCUAUCAAUGACCUUCCUGGGACAGAUACAUCCUCAUACAUGAAGGGAGAAAAGCUUACUCGUUGUAAACUUGCCAGCCUAUACAGACUUGCAGAUUUGUUUGGAUGGGCCCACCUGGCAAAUACAUAUAUCUCAGUAAGAAUAAGUAAGGAGCAAGACCACAUAAUAAUAAUUCCCAGAGGCCUGUCUUUUUCUGAAGCCACAGCCUCCAAUUUGGUGAAAGUCAAUAUAAUAGGAGAAGUGGUUGAUCAGGGAAGUACUAAUUUGAGAAUUGACCACACAGGCUUCAGUCCCCAUGCUGCAAUCUAUUCAACACGUCCUGAUGUUAAGUGUGUGAUACACGUCCAUACCCUUGCAACGGCAGCUGUAUCCUCCAUGAAGUGUGGGAUCCUUCCAAUUUCUCAAGAGUCCCUGAUCCUGGGAGAUGUCGCCUAUUAUGACUACCAAGGGUCACUUGAUGAACAGGAGGAGAGAAUUCAACUGCAGAAAGUUCUGGGGCCAAGUUGUAAGGUGCUGGUACUCAGAAAUCAUGGUGUGGUAGCACUUGGAGAAACAGUUGAGGAGGCUUUUCAUUACAUUUUUAAUGUGCAGAUAGCCUGUGAGAUUCAGGUGCGGGCAUUAGCAGGGGCAGGUGGAGUAGACAAUCUGCUUGUACUGGAUCUUCAGAAGUAUAAAGCUUCCACCCACACUGUGGCAGCAUCUGGAGGAGGAGGAGUGAAUAUGGGUGCCCAUCAAAAAUGGAAGGUUGGCGAGAUUGAGUUUGAAGGGCUGAUGAGGACUCUGGACAAUUUGGGAUAUAGAACAGGCUAUGCUUACAGGCAUCCUCUCAUUCGAGAAAAGCCUAGGCACAAGAGUGAUGUGGAGAUCCCAGCAACUGUGACUGCCUUUUCCUUUGAAGAUGAUACAGUGCCACUCUCUCCUCUCAAAUAUAUGGCACAGAGGCAGCAGCGUGAAAAAACAAGAUGGCUGAACUCACCAAAUACCUACAUGAAAGUGAAUGUGCCUGAGGAGUCUCGGAAUGGGGAGACCAGUCCCAGGACCAAAAUCACAUGGAUGAAAGCAGAGGACUCUUCAAAAGUUAGUAGUGGAACACCUAUCAAAAUUGAAGAUCCAAAUCAGUUUGUUCCUUUGAACACAAACCCGAAUGAGGUACUAGAAAAGAGAAAUAAGAUUCGAGAACAAAAUCGAUAUGACUUGAAAACAGCAGGACCACAAUCUCAGUUGCUUGCUGGAAUUGUUGUGGAUAAGCCUCCUUCUACCAUGCGGUUUGAAGAUGAUGCUCAUGCCCCUCCGGCUCCUCCGAACCCCUUCAGUCAUCUCACAGAAGGCGAGCUUGAAGAGUAUAAGAAGGCAAUUGAACGUAAACAGCAAGGACUGGAAGAUGCUGAGCAGGAAUUACUCUCAGAUGACGCUUCAUCUGUUUCACAAAUUCAGUCUCAAACUCAGUCACCGCAAAAUAUCCCUGAAAAAUUAGAAGAAAACCAUGAGCUGUUUUCCAAGAGCUUCAUCUCCAUGGACAUGCCUGUCCUGAUAGUGAACGGCAAGGAUGACGUGCAUGGUGCUGAAGACGAGCUUGCUGAGCGAGUGAGCAGGUUAACUACAAGCACCACCAUGGAAAACAUCGAGAUUACCAUUAAGUCUCCAGAAAAAAUGGAAGAAGUCCUGUCACCUGAAGGCUCACCUUCAAAAUCACCAUCCAAGAAAAAGAAGAAAUUCCGCACUCCUUCUUUUCUGAAAAAGAACAAAAAAAAGGAGAAAGUUGAAGCCUAAAUAAAGUCUUUUUGUAAUUAUUAUUAUUACAAUGUGACGUUGCACAUUUAAAAACCACAUUUACGUUGAUCAUUAAUACGCAGUGGUAGAUCAGAUUGGGGGUAUGUAGCAAACUGGACUUUAAGAACUGGAAAGAGGUUUUACUAAAAGAAAAACAUAUUAUGAAAAACACUUCCAAAUUCAUCUCUCAUUUUGUAUGUCCAAAAAAGGUUUUGAAUUUUUUAAACAAUUGCUAGUUUUGAUUAGCUCUGCCCUCAUGAAGUAUUAUUAUAAUCACCACAAACAGGUAUCUGUCUGAAUUACUUCAGGCCUUCUACAUAAUAUCUGUUGGAAAGAAAUUACCAGUGAACAAGCGAGAGAAUUUUUGUUUCUCAAAACCUGCUUCACUUGGUAAGCAGAUUAUAGUUUUUUAUCAUGAUUAUUGACUGUCCCUUUUGGGUUCCCAUUGUUAAAAUGGGCAUUAACAGAAUGCUUUAAAAGCUUCUAAGACAAGAAUCUAUAGCAUUAGUAUACACUGGCACAUAAUUGUUUUUUAAAUUUAAGAAAAGAUUCAUUUGGAAUUUUAUUCAUAGUAUAAAAUUUCCUCACCUGAAGUAACUUUGUUUGCAAAAAAACACGUCAUUUUAGUAAACUAUAAUUUUUGAAAAAUUCCUUUUUUAUUAGUUUAGAAAGCCCCUUAUUUUUCAACAAAGGGGAUUUUAUACACAUAACAUGGGUUAUUUAGUUUAACUCUGGCAAAAACGACUUUUGUAUGUUGAGAUGUUUGUAUACCAUUCAGUAUAAAAGUGUCUGAGCAUAUUAGCCAAUCAUUUAACAGUAGAACACAUUUGAGGCUGCUUGGUACUAAGUAUACUUAAAUAUAAUUAAAGAAUCCAGGGACUUGGUAUCAAAAGGGGAUUAGAGCAUUUAAAGGCAUAACAGGAUUCAUGUUUGAACCUUAUAAUGUAUUUUUCUCUUAGUAUCACUAAUGAAUGAAGAAGCCCUCAUAAGGUAACCAAAUGGAAAGGAAAAGAAUGAGAGAGAAAGUGAAAAAUGAAGGGAACAAGAGAGGUGUCAUGAGAAGAAGAAUUCUAGUUUGAUAAUGAUUCAUAGUCAUGAUAGGAUUUGAAGUGUCAUUUAUUUGAUGCAUGUCCCAAAUUUCUGCUUCUCUGCCAAAAUCUUCGUAUUUCUUAGUUGAUCUUUGAGUUUUAAAAGGGUCAGAUCCUCCUUUUAACUUGUGUGUAUCUUCAGAAGGCAGCACAAGAGGAAAUCAGUGGGUCUAAUCCCACCCCCACCGUGAGAAAACUACCACUUCUUAAUUUUUACCAAUUUUUCUUAUCUGUUCAGUUAACUUUCUUUCUAAUGUAAAUACAAAUUUAAACCUAGGCUUAAUAUAGUUUUUUUUUUCCCUUUCACCCAAGUCAUGUCACAAAUCAAUGUAAAAUCAAUGAUCCAAAAUAGUCAGUGGGUAAAAAUAAUCCAAAGUAUUUCUGAAGGGUGAGUUGGCGUGUAAAAAAUUACACUGAUGAUAGUGUGCUCUGGGGCUGGUUCUGUUUGACUGUGAGUGUAUGAUGAUGCAAAGUUGAAACGGAGCCUGGAAAGUUCAUUCUAGAUCUCACUAACUACUGGAAUCAGUGUUUUAGUCUUAGUGGAAACUUUCAGUUGCUUAAUUCUGUAUUUGAGGAUUCUUUUAUGUUCUACAUCAUUUAUGUUGUAUUACAACGUAUGUAGAAACAGUAACCUGUGAACUAUGCUUUUCCAUAACUUUUUAAAAAUAUAUAUAAAAUGAAUGCAAUGUGCAUAAAUAUUUUUUCAAUGCAACAGUGAACUAUUUGCACCUUUUGCUAAUGCCUCUAUUUACUUGCUUUGGCAUAAAGAAUGAGCCAGUGAACCUCUGUGUCAUGUGGAAAAUGUAUAAAUGUUAUCUGAUAUUGCUCUUAGAUGUAAUGCUAAUUAAUGUAAAAUCACAA